AUGGGGAUGCGGGUUGGGCCGCCAGGGCAACGACGGUGGGGAGGCGGGUUGGGACACCAGGGCGCGGGGCGGGGACAGUGGGGAGGCAGGUUGGGACGCCACGGUGCGGUAACGGUGGGGAGGCAGGUUGGGACGCCGCGGUGCAGGGACUGUGGGAAGGAAGGUUGGGAUGCGGGGGCGCCAGGGACGGUUGGGAGGGGCGGGUUGGGACGUGGGGGUGCAGGGACGGUGGGGAGACAGGUUGGGAUGCCGGGGCCCGGGUACGGAGGGGAGGAGGGUUGGGACGCUGGGGCCCGGGGACGGUGGGGAGGCGGUUUGGGGACGCCAGGGCACGGGGACGGUGGGGAGGCGGGUUGGGCUGCCGGGGCACGGGGACGGUGGGAAGGCGAAUUGGGAAGUAGGGGCGCGAGAGACAGUGGGGAGGCAGGUUGGGACGCGGGGGCGCAGGGAUGGUGGGAAGGAGUGUUGGGACGUCAGAGCCAUGGGAAGGUGGGAGGCAGUUGGGACGGUGCCGGGGCCCGGGGACGGUGGGGAGGCGGGUUGGGAUGGCGGGGCACUGGGACGGUGGGGAGGAGGGUUGAUCAGCCGGGGCACGUGGUCAGUGGGGAGGAGGGUUGA